GUAAUGCAGCUAGCUGAUGUUAACUAACCAGUUUAUUUAUCGCACUUCAAAGCAUUGUAGCUAGUUCCAUACAGCUAAUAUCACCAGAUAUAAUUUAUGAUACGGUUAUGGUAACGUUAAGUAUUAUUCACUGGCUGGACUAGUUAACGUAUGGAACUAUGAAACGCGGGAUUUCCACCUCUGCCAGUUUAGGAGCUAACGUUACAAUACUAGCCAGUUGUAGCAGCGCGCUAUCGUUAGCUAACAUUUCUCCCUCACAGCACAGCAAGAGACUGGAAUAACUCUGGCACAACAACAUAUUCUUUGAUAUAUUUGAAGCGCAUUCACAAUGCAUGAGUUUGAUGAACACCAACAGUCAAAAUGGCGGAGUCCUGACUGUAACCAUGGUGACCAGCAACACCAGAGCAGCAGACUCCAGGGUCCCGAGAUGGUCCAAAGUUUUAACAUUUUAUUCAAAGAGGAGCCACAAGACGAUCAUGAACCUUGGGGUCAGAGAAAUACUGGAAUGAGUCCUGCCUCCAGCCACGGCAGUGAGGAGACUACCUCUACAUCAGGAGAACCUGAGCAACACCAGGAGAACCACAACACAGCCACGACGUCUCACCGCUGCUUUGGCUGUGGACAGGAGUUCCCUGCUGCCUAUGACCUCGUGUUACACCAGAGGACACACAUAGAGAGAGGCUUCAACAAGUCUGUCUGUGGAGAGCUGUUCUACCAGAAAGAGUUACUCAAAACACAUCAUCAGAAAGUUGACACAGGAAUACCUGUACAACACCAGAAGAAUCCCAAAGCUAAGAAGUCUCACGACUGUGUAGUUUGUGGAAAACAACUAUCGGAAGCCAUGAAACUGAAGAGGCACAUGAGAACACACACAGGAGAGAAACCUCACGGUUGCUCUGUGUGCGGCAGGGGAUUCACACAGAAAGGAAAUCUGAAAACACACAUGAAAACACACAGAGGACUGAACCCCAAAUUGUGGUCCGCUGGAGAGGACAGUCCCUCUACGUCAGGAGAACCCGAGCAACACCAGAAGAAGCACACAGCUAAGACAUUUCAUAAUUGCAUAGAUUGUGGGGAGAUAUGCCAAACUCUACCAGCACUAAAAAAACACAUGAAAACUCACACCAGAAAGAAGCCGUCUUACCAAUGCUCCCUUUGCGGGGCGGAAUUCACUGAGAAAGGGCAAAUCCAAGACCACCAGUUACAACAUGUUGGAGAGAAGCCGUACUCCUGCCCUGACUGUGGGAAAUGUUUCGUCAAUGAAAGCUACAUUAAAAUUCACCAGCGAACACACACUGGAGAGAGACCCUACAGCUGCCUUGUGUGUGGAAAGAGUUUCGUGAAAAAAGCAUACUUAAAAUGUCAUUUACUGACACACACUGGAGAGAAGCCAUACCUUUGCUCCAUCUGUGGGAAGACAUACAGUAGAGAAGGAACUUUCAAAAUCCACCAGAGAGUUCACACAGGAGAGAAACCAUACCUGUGCACUGAAUGUGGGAAGCGUUUCAGCUGUAGAGCAAACCUUUAUUCACACAAGAAGAGACAUGAUGGCAAACCCAUAGGACCUAAACGGCAGUUAGGCAGACCGAAGCAACUGCCAAACUGACAAAUGGGACAGGAAAAAUGUACUUGUGUAGUGUCUCUCCUGAUCACCAGCAAAAUAGUUAUGUUCAUCUUGAUUAUGCAUUUCCCAUUAAUGGACAUAAACAAUAGAAGAUUAAGGAAUGCAGCUGUGGAUGUCUGAAAGACUGAAAUAUAUAAAGCACAGGACCUAAGUAGCAGUUAGGCAGACCCAAGAAACUACCAUUGGGGACAGUGCUGGUUAAAUUAACUUACUCAGUGACCUCCUUUUAUGUAAGACAUCACAGUUGAAAAAAUAUAUAUGGCCCAUGGAAAUCAAGAGAGGGUGGUCUACAGAGAGAAGUGGGAUUAAAAAAUGAAUGAUCUGUAAUCGAGAGGAGUGGCUAACCAGCAUCAACAAAGCCGGAGCAAACUCGACGCCAGGGGACGGUGAGGUGCGUUGCCGAGGCUGCGGAUCUGACUGUCUCUCCGACUCUGACUGACUGGCUCCCUCCGAGACCAGGAAUGCUUCCUCCGCUCUCAGUACCAUCUGUUCUGUUUCUCAGACGACCCUCCAUCCGUCAGCUCUCAGACGACCCUCCAUCCGUCAGCUCUCAGACGACCCUCCAUCCGUCAGCUCUCAGACGACCCUCCAUCCGUCAGCUCACAUCCAUGCAGAUUUGUAUGUUUUUUGGGGUUCAAACUUGAAUGUGCUGAUAUUGAGUUUUUAGCUGCCAAGUUUUAUUGGUAUGUAACUGAUAUGAAAGUUGUAUUGUCAAUUUGUUUUGUAUUUAAACGGGGACAAUCAAGUCAGUAAAGUAGGGUCUACAUGUAAUAAUAACAGAGUGGUGAGGAGGAGCUCCACC